CAAAAAAAUUUGGAGCUACAAAAAUGUAUGGUAUGUGAAAAAUAAUGUGUUUUUAACCAUAAACCACAUGAACACAUUGCAUUAUACCAAAUACACAAAAUAAAUUUUUUUGCAAUGAAAUUGGUGCUCUUCAAAGUGCUGGUGAACAAGGAAUUGAUUCCAGAAAAAAGCUAACAGAGAACAUUUAAAGGGAAAUUACCUGUACUUACCAGUUUACUAAAACGCAAGCAGACAGUUCCUGAUUUUGGUUAUUUCUUUAGUCAUUACUUACUUCAGUCAACACUGUAUUAUAGAGUUUCAGUCUGAGAUUCUGGAUUGCUCGUCUGAAGAUGCAAGAUUUUGUGAUUGUCUUGCUUUCUUUCCUUUGUACUUCCAAAGGUUUAACAGGUGUGAACUGGGAUGUAGUAGUGCAACCCCAAGUCAAAGGCAUUAAGGGUCAAAAUGUGAUUCUUCCCUGUGUCUUCAUACACCCAAGACAAAAUACGUACACCAGCAAGAUCACUGUUAAGUGGAUACAGCACCGCUCUGCGGACCUUAUUUUUCAAUGCAGUCUACAGAACCAGACGGACGGGCAGAAUCAGGAAUGCUAUAAUCCGACAUCACCGAUGCGAUUGGGGCUCUACGGCAAUCCCAGAAAAGGAGAUAUUUCCUUGAAUAUCAGUAACUCGCAGUUUACUGAUAACAAGCGGUACAUUUGCAGGGUGGAGCUGGAUUAUGAAAGUUACCAGAGCAAGACCAACACACUGCUAAAUAUCACAGGUCCGCCGCAGAUCCUUAAUCUAACCCUUGACUCAGAGGCUACAGGUAAGGGUGGGAUGCUGAAGUGCAUUGCCAGUGGGAAUCCAGUACCAUCAGUGAAAUGGACGCCCUUAUCUGGAUCGCUGGGAAAUGUUCCAGUGCCCAAAACUGAGCAGAGCAACUACACAGUCAUCAGCUCAAUCCCAUUCUCUGGGCAGGACGUGUACACCUGCCAGGCUGUGAACUCACUUGGUCGAGCUGAGAAAACAUUUCCACCAAAUAAUCUAACUGGUCUGGUGUGGAUUAGUGUUUUUGGAUGUUUGCUGCUUCUUGGGCUGUUUAUUGGUGUUGGCGUUGUGGUGAGAAAAAGGAGGAGAGCCAUGCCACAGAAUUAUCCUAAUCAUCCUUUACAGAUGGGUAGAAGCUGUAUAGAUCAAGUUAAUACAACACCUAUCUAUAAUAAAACACCUAUCUAUGCCAAUGUCAGUAUUGGUGAAAGACGUUUACCACCAGAGAUACCAGUGAAAGGUGAGUACUAAAUUGUAUCAUAGAGUCAUAUUGUAUAGGGUCUGGGCAAAAUCUAAUUUUGUCAACCUUUGUAUCUGUAUUUUCUUAGGUUUGGAUGAAACAACUUAUGGUUACAGUGACAUCCAAAAGAAAUAGAACUAUUACGUGUAACAAAUUAACUAUAAAUAACAAACAGUAAUAAUUAUCUGUAUUCUGCUUAUAAAAUCUACUAAUAAAACAAACAUUUAAUUUAGUCUCCAUCUUUAAAAUCUCUCUUUUUUUAAAGAAAUAGGUGGAAUUGACUCGUCAGAUACGAUUGAUCUGGAUAAUAAUGCUGCAUUCCAGACAUCAAAACCGGAAUUAACCUUUGAAAUAUGCAAUAUUAAAUGUAUUGAGUAACAGUAAACAUUAAUGUUAUAAAUGAUUUAGUAAUACCAAAACUUUUUUUAAAUCACUUUUUUUGUAACAUUAAAAGAGCACCGUUACAGACAUUAUUUCCUGGUUGAGGUGGGAAAAAUAAUUUAAAUAUAAUUUAAAAAUCCUAAUUCUUAAUAAUUUUCAUUACAUUUUCAUUACUAGUGUGUAGUUUUCCAUUUAAUGUAAAUUUACUUGUAAAUAACGUUACCAAAAAAAACCUAAACGCUUUCACGUUGUCCUUGCUAUUUUUCUCAGCGCUGGUCAGCACCAGACCAAUCACAAUAAUUUAGGAUUACUGUGUGAAAUUUUAAUAUAAUAGUUUAUUGAAGAUUCGUAUGUGGAUUUUUAUGUAUCAGGUAACAAUAUUUUUUAAAAAUAUAUUUUUAAAAAGUAUGCGUUUCAAUCAUAAGACUGUAAAAAAUAUGGACGUAGUGUCCGUGACGUCACCCAUUGGUUGGAGAAGAGCUCUUUAAAGCCAAAAGUAGGCGGUGCCUGUCGUCGUCAUCUUGGCCGCGCGUCACUCGCGGAUAACCGAAAAUGGGUAAAAAGGCGGGACGUGGGUGAAGCUGAGGUGGUUGGUUGCUGAAACCACGCCCGCCUAGCUCGACUCUAUUGACAGCAAUGGCAGUUCACCCGUCACUCAAGUGACCACUCUCUAAAUUAUGCAGAACUUAUUGAUGUAAAAAAACUGUUCCAUUGGAGUGAACGGAGUUAUCGUAUCUCUGUGGCUCUGGGCUUAAUAUAUUUUAAACGGUUGAGUUACCAAAAAAUCCACCCACCCCACUGUUGGCAUGAAGGCAAAAUGAGCUAUAUAAACAACAACAAAAACACUUUUUUUGUAACAGGUUGUAAAC